UUGCAUUUGCUGGACCUCAACAUCGGCAGACCAGACCAGACCACACGCCGGGGGUGUCAUCUUCUCUGCCUAUAUAUAUAUAAAUACCCAUGUUCCCCCGCAUCUUCCGUCCUAGUAAUAAUCUCAGCAAUAGUACCUCCUCAGCGGCAUCCCGACUCGCGCAGCUUACUAGCACAAUCAUCCCCCAGACUCACUCAAUCAGACCGUUCGUAUCGACCAUGGCGUCUGCGUCUGCCUCACCAGAUAUCACUCUCUACAGCAUGGCCACGCCCAAUGGCGUCAAGGUCUCCAUUCUUCUAG